AUGGGAGAAAAUACACCUCACAAGAUACCAGACCUGGAAUUGAACGCAACACUUUCUUACAACAGCAACACUGGUGACAACUACCAACUACACCACUACACCACCAUGCCACCCCCACUCCACAGUCAAAUGUUGUUUGGGGGUCUGAUACUGGACAUCAAAAGGAAAGCUCCGUUCUAUUUGAGCGACUACAAGGACGGUCUGAAUCUCCAGUGUGUGGCCUCUUUUCUCUUCCUCUACUGUGCUUGCAUGUCGCCCGUCAUCACGUUUGGAGGACUGCUAGGGGAGGCCACAGAGGGACGCAUUAGUGCCAUAGAGUCUUUACUGGGUGCAUCUAUGACUGGAGUAGUUUACUCUCUGUUUGCUGGUCAGCCUCUCACCAUUCUUGGCAGCACAGGUCCUGUGCUGGUUUUUGAGAAAAUCCUGUUUAAGUUCUGCAAGGACUAUAACCUGUCCUAUUUGUCGCUGAGGACUUGCAUCGGUCUGUGGACAGCCCUGCUGUGUUUGGUGUUGGUUGCCACAGAUGCCAGCUCUCUGGUUUGCUACAUCACACGGUUCACAGAGGAAGCUUUUGCUGCACUCAUCUGCCUCAUCUUCAUUUUUGAGGCCUUGGAGAAGCUUUUCCACUUGGGAGAAAUCUACCCCUUCAACACACACAGCGAUCUGGACAAACUCACCCUGGCAUACUGUAGAUGUGCAGAACCUUAUAAUCCCAGUAAUAAGACAUUAGAGCUGUGGAGUGCGAGAAACAUCACAGUGUCCUCUGUAUCCUGGUCCAACCUUACUGUCAAGGAGUGCGUCAGUCUGCAGGGCCACUUUGUUGGGACGGCGUGUGGCCACCAUGGACCCUUCACCCCAGAUGUUCUCUUCUGGUCCUCCAUUUUGUUCUUUUCAACCUUCUUCAUGUCUUCUUUUCUGAAACAAUUCAAGACUAGCCGUUAUUUUCCUACCAAGGUGCGGUCCAUGAUCAGUGACUUUGCGGUGUUCCUCACCAUCGUCAUCAUGGUUCUGCUUGACUAUGUCAUUGGAGUUCCCUCCCAGAAGCUGAAGGUGCCCAGCAAAUUUCAGCCCACCAGAGAGGACCGAGGCUGGCUGAUCAAUCCCAUAGGACGUAACCCAUGGUGGACAGUCCUGGCUGCCGCUAUCCCUGCUCUUCUCUGCACAAUUCUUAUCUUCAUGGACCAGCAGAUAACUGCUGUCAUCAUUAACCGCAAAGAGCACAAACUACUGAAGGGCUGUGGUUACCACAUGGACCUGCUGAUGGUGGGGUUGAUGCUGGCAGUGUGCUCCAUCAUGGGCUUGCCCUGGUUCGUCGCGGCCACGGUCCUGUCCAUCUCUCACGUCAACAGCCUGAAGCUUGAGUCUGAGAGCUCGGCUCCAGGAGAGCAGCCCCGAUUUCUGGGCAUUCGAGAGCAGAGACUCACCGGCCUUGUCAUCUUCCUGCUCAUGGGCUGCUCUGUAUUCAUGACUGGAGCCCUGCAGUUCAUUCCUAUGCCAGUGCUCUAUGGUGUUUUCCUCUACAUGGGAGUGUCUUCAUUAAAAGGCAUCCAGUUCUUUGACCGUCUGAAGCUCUUCGGCAUGCCAGCAAAGCACCAGCCAGACUUCAUCUAUCUGCGCCACGUCCCCUUGAGGAAGGUGCACCUGUUCACACUCACCCAGCUCACCUGUCUCGUGCUGCUCUGGGUCAUCAAAACUUCACCUGCUGCGAUCGUCUUCCCCAUGAUGGUGCUGGCUCUGGUGUUUGUCCGCAAACUCUUGGACUUGUGCUUCUCUAAGCGAGAGCUAAGUUACCUGGAUGAUUUAAUGCCCGAAUGGAAGAAAAAGAAUCUUGACGACGCCUCCAAAAAGAUACAAGAGGAAUCACAGAUUAUGCUCAGUGAAAAGCAGGAAGAUCCAACUUCUGUUCAGAUUGAGAUGGAGAGCAGAAAACCCGCUCAGACCAUGAAAGCACACGACCCCAGGUGUGACCCCUCUGACAUUAACAUAUCUGAUGAAAUGUCUAAAACCACCGUGUGGAAAUCCCUCAACUCCAAUCAAAGGGACUCUCGUCCUGUGGCUGCUAAGAAGGAUUGAAGGGAUCAUGUUCAUAGACGAGUAAAGGACAUCCAGAGUGCUGGCAGAUUUCACUGCAUCAUUUGAAUGUAGCUCUGGACCUCAGGAUGCUGCGGUUUGGCUCAGUUGAUCGACCGCCACUACAGAGAAACAAGUCUCAAUGAUUUGUACCAGCAACCUGCAAACACAGUCCACACACACGCACACACACACACACUCAAAGACACAAGUAUAUUACAUUUGUAUACAGACGGACUUAUGCAUACACUUUACUUUCGCUUUGUGAGGACUGGACAUAAACUACAUCAUUAUUUUUAUUCCCCUUAGCCAAAGCCCCAAAAUGAAAACCUUUGCUAAAUGAUGAUUGAAGAACAGUUGAAGAAUGACCACGAAAUAGCCCUUACCUCAGCCUCCCUGCCCAUUAUUACCAUUAUCUUUUUAGCUUAAGACGGGGUUUUUUAACAUAACUGCACUGCGUUUGAUUUCUACGGUUCUAAAGUAUUAGAAAUAAAAUAAAACAGCAUGAAUUCUGAGAUUAAAGUCAGAAUUCU